CUGAGGCCACCCGCGGGCCCGAGGUUUGCCGCGCCGAGGUCCGGGAGGAAAGUUCGCUGGGACUCGAGCAGAGAGUUGGAGCGAAGUUUGGCCGGCCGCUCCCGGGAUCCCCCUCGUCUCUGUGUGCUGCCUGCCUCCCCCUUCGGGGGGAGCCCCCCUCUCCCACCUCCACCAUGUCUUCUAUCCUGCCCUUCACCCCCCCGAUCGUGAAGCGCCUGCUGGGUUGGAAGAAAGGCGAGCAGAACGGGCAGGAGGAGAAGUGGUGCGAGAAGGCGGUCAAAAGCCUGGUUAAGAAGCUUAAGAAGACAGGGCAGCUGGAUGAGCUGGAGAAGGCGAUCACAACGCAGAACAUCAAUACCAAAUGCAUCACCAUCCCCAGUCUGUGUUCUAAUGUCUGGGGAAGAACACGGGUAGACACAAAAGAUCAGUACGAUUCAUCUUCCUUGGCUUCCUUCACUUCUCAGCUAAAAUCUUUGGAUGGCCGGCUGCAAGUAUCUCACCGGAAAGGACUGCCCCAUGUGAUCUACUGCCGCCUCUGGAGAUGGCCAGACCUUCACAGCCACCAUGAGCUCCGGGCCAUGGAGAUGUGUGAAUUUGCCUUUAACAUGAAGAAGGAUGAAGUCUGUGUGAAUCCCUAUCAUUACCAGAGAGUAGAAACCCCAGUUCUACCUCCCGUGUUGGUCCCAAGACACACAGAGAUCCCAGCCGAGUUCCCUCCAUUAGACGACUACAGCCAUUCCAUUCCGGAGAAUACUAACUUCCCUGCAGGGAUCGAACCUCAAAGCAAUUACAUUCCAGAAACCCCACCCCCUGGUUACCUGAGUGAGGAUGGAGAAACCAGUGAUCAUCAGAUGAACCACAGCAUGGAUGCAGGUUCUCCAAACUUAUCUCCAAAUCCUAUGUCUCCCGCACACAAUAAUUUGGAUCUGCAGCCCGUUACUUACUGCGAGCCAGCCUUCUGGUGUUCCAUCUCCUACUAUGAGCUGAACCAGAGGGUGGGAGAGACUUUCCAUGCUUCUCAGCCUUCCAUGACAGUGGAUGGCUUCACCGACCCAUCCAACUCGGAGCGCUUCUGCUUGGGUUUAUUGUCCAAUGUGAACAGGAAUGCCGCUGUGGAGCUCACUAGACGGCACAUUGGGAGAGGAGUACGUCUCUAUUACAUUGGAGGGGAGGUCUUUGCAGAAUGCCUCAGUGACAGUGCCAUUUUUGUCCAGUCCCCCAACUGUAACCAGCGCUACGGCUGGCACCCAGCGACCGUUUGCAAGAUUCCACCAGGCUGCAACCUGAAGAUAUUCAACAACCAGGAGUUCGCAGCCCUGUUGGCUCAGUCUGUCAACCAGGGCUUCGAGGCUGUUUACCAGCUGACUCGGAUGUGUACGAUUCGCAUGAGCUUUGUCAAAGGCUGGGGAGCAGAAUACAGGAGACAGACUGUGACCAGCACCCCCUGCUGGAUUGAACUGCAUCUGAAUGGUCCUCUCCAGUGGCUGGAUAAAGUCCUCACCCAGAUGGGCUCCCCUAGCAUCCGAUGCUCUAGUGUAUCUUAG